UAGUCAGUUUCGUUGAACACUCGAUCGAGGACGGUUUGAAAACACGCGCCGUUGCGCCGCCGACAAUUUGCUCGCUUUGAAGAAAGAGAAACCAUCAUUACUCAGGAAUAAGCCAAUCACAAACGGGUCUAUCCUAUAAUUUUGGUUUAUUCAUUCUGAAAUUUUCCUCUUCAGUCAAUUUCUGACGCCAGUUACAGUGGUUGCGAGUCCGUGGGUUAUUUUUUAUUUGUUAUAAAUUAUUCAAACAAAAUAUAAUAGACUUUCGCUAUGGCUGAAACAGAAAUAAUACCGAAUAGUGAGAAUAAUGAGCAAUUUUUUGAAGGGGUUGAAAAGUUAAUUGAAAUAUGGUUUACGCCGGUGAAGCAUGCGGAUCUGAGAAAAAUCACUCGCCAGCAGUGGGAGAAUGUUCUCAAAAUAGUCCGCUGUGAGAUUAUCUCUUUCACUCAGAGCGAGCAAGUUGAUGCCUAUGUGCUGAGUGAGAGCAGCAUGUUCGUGUCGCGGCGUCGCUGGAUCCUGAAGACGUGUGGUCGCACUACGCCCCUGCGCUGUGUGCGCUCAGUGCUGGCGCUGGCGAGCGAGGCGGCCGGACACCACAGCGUCCAGAACGUGUUCUACUCGCGCCGGGAGUUCGCCCGCCCGGCCGCGCAGCUCAAACCGCACGACAACUUUGAUUCAGAGGUCGAACUGCUGGAUUCUUACUUCGGCGACGGACGCGCCUACAUCAUGGGCCCGGAGAAGGACUGCUGGUACCUCUAUACACUGCUGCCUCUUGAAGGCACGGUGGACGCUCUGGAGAAAGAACAGCGGGAAUCGAACCAGAACCGCGGCCUCCCCGAGCCAGACCAGACCAUCGAGAUACUAAUGUCGGACCUUGACCCCGAAGUCAUGGACAUUUUCACCAGGAACAACUCCGCUGACGCAACAGCUGCAACCAGGGCGUCCGGGAUAGACACGAUAAUCCCGGGCAUGGUGAUAGAUGACUACCUGUUCAAUCCGUGCGGGUACUCCAUGAACGGCGUCGCUGAAGAUGGCAGCUACAUGACGAUCCACAUCACGCCGGAGCGUGGCUGCUCGUACGUGUCGUUCGAGUCCAACGUGCCCACGGCGCUUUACGAUGGCGUCAUAGAGCGCGUGCUGGCCGCCUUCCGCCCCGCCAGGUUCAUCCUGACCGUGUUCCACACGCCGGCACCCGACAAGGACGCACCGACGGGCGAGUCGGCGAGCGAGCUGAAGAAGUUCCGCGCACUGUCGGCGUACCAGCAGCAGGAGGCGCAGUUCUGCCGCUUCUCCGGCUACGACCUGCACUACGCCCUGUUCGCCAAAUUCCCCAGCUGAGGCCCCGCGCCGCCCCGUCCCGCCCGCGCGCUCGCACACCCUCGCAGACACAGGUCCGUUCGCGAACUCCGCCACAUUCUGGCGAGCACAACUCGCGAGCUGCGGCCCACUCGCGUCCCGGCCGCGCGGCCCGGCUGCCUGCGCCGCGUCGUCACGGCCAUCCUGGGCAAGUGUCGCGCGAGCGGCGCCUGACGCAGGUAACACACGCUCAACACACGCUCGUGCACUCCGGCCCCAAUAGAACACACACCUUCUAUAAUGAGGAUCUAUUCGCUAUUACAAGAUCUUUUCAGUGGUCUCAUUCGUACUGUAAGCAGCAAAUUGAGGAGUUUUGGCGGAACUCAGUAGGAGCAAGUGCACAAACUUUAUUAACUAUGUGUGUGUAAGCGCAACAUUUUUAUCAGUGGAAAUGUAUUAUUGACAUCUAAUGUAUUUGGCUCUUGGAAAUUUCAGUAUUUGAUCAUAUAAAUGUAAAAAAAAUAUGUACUUGUUUCAAGCACGUAAAUGUACCUCAUUACGGGCAGGAAAUUGGCAACAACGUCAAUGUAUCCAUUGUACUUGGAAUAAUAUAUAGCGUACAGUAUAAACGCAUUUAAUUGAUUUAAAAUUACGUCGAUGUUCGAUGUACCUAAUUUGUCAUAAGUGACGUGAGUCUAUGGCAGCCAUUUUGUUUAUAAAGGUAGCAACAAAGAGUAGGAGUAGCUUAGACCGGGGCAUUUGGAGGCCGCAUUGAAAAAUUAACAUUGAAUUAACAGAAAAUGUCAAAUACUUUUAUUUAAUUUUACGACAUUAUCGGAAUUAUAUUAUCACUUUUAAUUGACAUGCGUCGGCACUUUUAUAAUUAUAUAACAUGCUUAUUAUCUACUAUAUGUAAUUACUUAGCUUAACCCUAAAAAUUACAUUUUAUAUUUUCUAUAAAUUGACUAAAAUUGUACCAUUAAGCCUAUAAAUAGAAUCAAUAUGACUAUAUAUGUUUAAUCAGUAGUUUGAUCAUUCCAUGAAACCGUGAUAGUAGUGUAGAUGAGUCGAAAAUGUACGCAAUCAACUGACUCGUGAACAUUGGUUUGUAGAAUUAAGUAGAUUUUUGUAGUUUGAAUGUAUGUUUCAUUUGUAAUCUGUAGCAAUAUAUUGGUCGUUCUAAUUUGUAGAGUGUAAACAAAGGGGGCGGGGCCCGAUAAGUUUGAGACUGAUAUAAAAGUUUAAAAUACAAGUAUGUAUUAAAGAGAAUUUAUUUCACAAAUCACAACUUGUAACCGUUUCAGCACUCGCAAAUUUUUAUCAUUUUCUAGUAAGGGGUCAUCCAUAAAGUACGUCACACGAAUUUCAUGAUUCUUUGAGCCCUGAUGUCAUUGUCACAGCUGUGACACAUUUGUAAGAUUUUGUCACAUUAAAAAAAUGUGUUGACACAAAAUUUUGUACCCCUCAACUUACCGUGUGAUGUAAGUUACGUUUGGCCGCUAUUAUAAACAAUAAAUUGACAAUAAAAUUAAUAAGUGGACAGAGUUAGAAGUUGAAGUAAGACAAGAGCAUGCUGUGGAAGUACUAAAUGCUUCAAUGUACCAUGAAGGGAAUACAUACUUGUAUAGCGAAGUUGGUUUUGCCCACAAAAUAUGAGCUCCUUUGAUUUUCCUCUAUCAGUAUUUCGUACAGUGUUGCUGUAAUAAUAUCGCUUGGACUAUACGUGUUUAGACGGAGUAAUGACGUAAUUAAAAUAGAGAAAAGAUAAUUGUUAGUUGACUACAGUUUUAUAUAGGAUUGCCAACUUUUAACAGAAGAAAUAGAGUAUAUCUGAUUUCAAAGGAUGUUUUUAAAAACGUAUUUUUUGCAACACAUUACUAUUUUUCAUAGUUUUUAAAUGAAUUAUGUAAAAAAGAGUAUUUUAGCAUACAGAUAUAGAGUAUAAAUAUAUAAGUAGAGCGCGUACACCUUCCUCAAAGGCCGGCAACGCUCCUGUGACUCCUCUGGUGUUGCAAGAUAAUAAGGGCGGCGGUGAUCACUUAACACCAGGUGACCCGUACGCUUGUUUGUCCUCUUAUUCCAUAGAAAAUAAUCUAUUUAAGAGUAAAGUUGGCAACCCUAGUUUAAUAUAGUGUGAAUCAAUUUAUGUAGUAUGUGUAUAAGUAUUUGUUAAGUCAAGAAAAAAAUUUGACGUGCCACUGUUCUUUGGGGCCGUUUAUGUUCAAUUUAAAUGAUAGAGGUUUCAUUGUCAGAUGAUCUACAUAAACACGCAUGUAUUAAUUGACGUAAAUUUGUUUAAGGGCAACGAAACAAGAUAAAUAAUUAAUAUAUUAUGUGCUCUCUUAAGAAAGACAAUGAUAAAAGUAUACCGCAGAGUUUUGACAUUUAAAAUAACAAAUCACAUGAUUUGAUUUAACACAUUUAAUGUCAUUUUAGUUUUUGUCUCAUUUCGUUUGCCCGCUUAUAGAAGCUUCCAAAUAUUAUUAAUACAAGGGUGACCGGCACAAGUUUCCAUGUACAAAGUUAUUCAGAUUCAAAUGUUUAUGUAAAUACGUGCGUAGUUGUUAAUGUCAAUUUGUUAAGAAUAUUUGUGUUAUAUAACCGAUCAAUGGAAGUAAGUGUAAAUUAGAUAUUAAUGAAUAUUUUUCUGUCUGUGUGUGAGGCGGUGUGGCGUGAGAGAGCGCGCAGUGGCGCCCUCUGGCGGGCUGUUUAACAUUCUCAGAGAUUUUAAUAAAUGAUUACUUCUCGA